GGAUUGGAUUGCCACCUCCUCCUCCAAAUAAAUCUACAAAAUGACAGAAAUACUUUUCAGUGUCAUUUUCUUAUAAUUCAACUAUAAUUUUUCCAACAUUUAAAUCAUUUGAUCAAUAAAUGCAAAUGAACAACUACUCUGAAUGAAGUAAAGCAGUAAGUACUGAAUUAUAAGUAAAAAGACUAACAUAGCCUAAUGAUUUAAUGGGAAAGAAAAAUGUUACAUGUAUAUCAUUUAUACAUGUUACCCUGAGACAGUAGGAAACCACUGUUAUAUACAGAGCUGAUAUAUGGUUAGUCUCUUAAAUAUAGCACUGUAACAUAAAAAGUAGAUUACAAGACUCAAGAAUGAAUUGUAGAAAAUGUGGAAGUAGUUUCAGCGACACUGCAAUAUUGCAGAUGAGAGGAUUAGAAAACUUCAGACUAGGAUUGUGACAGUGGUAGACAAAAAAGGAAGCAAGGUCUCCUACAGGAACUGGUGAUUUACUGGAUGUAGAAGAAUGAAGGUGUGGGAAGACUCAAAGAUAAAACCCUGGUUUCUGGUCUAAGAAACUGAGUGAAUUGUUCGGCCAUUUUCUGUCACAGAAGACUUUAGAAUAAAAGCAGGUUUUGGGGUGAAUUUUGAUUUAGGUUUUGGACUUUCUUUUAGAGGUUAAAAAAAAUUUCCAAGUGGAGACAAUAAUAAAAAUCAUCCUGUGUUAGGGUUAUUGAUAUGUAGAGGGUGAUUUAAGCCAUAGGAGGUAUGAAAUAAUUUACACGCAGAGAAUGAUUGAGAAGAAAAGCUUUGACAAGGGGUCCAGUAGGUAAUGAACAAUAUCGCAGAGGAUUCUUGAGAAAGUGCUAACACAGAACUCAGAGAGUACAGUGUCACAGAGAGUCAAUGGAGGACACAGCAAGAAAAUUUUAAAUAAGUAUAGUGAACAAAAGGGUUCAAAUUUUGCAGAGAGAAAAGUUAAAAUAAAGAUGGAUAAACAUCAGUUGAAUUUUCUCCUCAGUAAACUUAAUGAAAGUUGCUUUAGAGAAGUGAUGAGAGAAGUUUGCAGUUAUUUAAAGAAGUUUUGGGGAGGAUAUGAAAGGGUCUAGCCAACCUACAAGAUAACUAAUUAUGGAGGGCAGAAAAAAGUUAAGACUGUAUCUAGGAAUGGAUUCACUGCUGAUCAUGAGGAGACUGUUAAGAUACUUUAUUUAGCAUACUAGCAUGCUGAUAGGUGAUUGAAUAUAGAAGGAGAUAACGCUGCUAUGAGCCAGUGGAUUUUCAGUAGAAAAGGAAUCCAAAGGGGAAUACCGGCUUUCAUUCAUGAAACCACCGUCAUGACUGAAGUGGACUUAGCUUUCUCCUACAGGAGCUUCAUGCAUGUCUCUGAAGUCAAUACUCCCCCUUGGACUUUAAUUCUGUGAGCCCUGAUGGAUUUUUAUAUAACUCAUGGGUUCAUCUCAUUUGCUAAGGGGAAACUUCAAAACAAUUGUCUGUAUUUCCUCAACCUGUUUCUUUCUUGCAAGCUCUUUUAUUUCUAAUUAGUCACAUUUUUUAUUUCCUUUUAUCAUUUGUCUAGGAAAAUUCCUAUCAUCUUUUAAAAUAUCAUUGAAGAGAUAUUUGGAGCAGAGUCAACCCUCUCGAUUACAUAAAAUAAAGAAUGGCAUAUUACUGGAAAACAGAUCUAAAUUCCAGUGAAUCACCUGAAAAGCAGCAGGAGCACCAAGAAUUCCCCUCCUUGACUCAACCUCUUUUUCCUAGCCUAGUCAGUCUGGGUUUUGAUAAUGUAGUAAAUGAGAUCAGUAAUAAAAUCCCACUCUGUCAGAGAGAAAUUGAAGAAAAUGCCUUUUUUAUGCCCAGUGCACCACACUGGAACUCAAGAAAACAUUCAUUAGAUGAAACACACCAAACAUCCUUGAAUGAAUUCACUUUUAAAGGCUCAGAACUCUCCUGUCACCAAGUUAGUGAAACACCAGUAAUUGGUUUUAGUAGGCAUUCUGUGCUACCAAAUCCUCAAAACAUCAAUAAAGGAAGCUCUUGGGGAAAUCCCAUAGGAAAAUACCAUGGUGCUGAUGAUUAUGGAUUCAAUAAUUUACCUCUAUCAUCCACCAGUCUGGAUAAAAUUAAUUCACAGAGUCAACUGGAAAAUGAAAAUCAUAACUACCAUAUAGGAUUUGAAAGCAGUGUUCUUCCUAUAUAUCCAUUCUUGUCAAGUAACUUGAUGCCAAAAGAAGAAAAUAAAAGCAGUAGAAAUAUGAACAUUGUGGAGUCUUCUCUGAUGCCCUUUAAAGGUUCUUCUCUACCCAGGACAUGUGAAAGUACAUGCCCAAAGAACACUGAGUUGACAGGUUGUUCCAUUCAGCUGGUUGAAGUAGCUCAAGGCAGUAAUAUGAGUUUGGCAUCCUUUUGCAACAAAGUAAAAAAGUGAGUGCUGCUAUUUCAUUCAACUUUGACAUUUCUAGAACGUGCAUGAAUUUGUCUAUUUUAACAUCCCUGAACAGACUAAUCUUGCAUAUAGAACGUUAAAGCUCUAUAAUUUUUAACAUAGUUAAAAGUAUAAAUGUAUUACACAGUAGUUCAUUAAUCAACUUCUGGUAUUGUUUCUUUGUUUACAGUCAAAUAAAAUUUUCCCCUGAAAAUCUGCUAAAGAUGAAUGUUUUAUAACUUUGGGCUUGCUCAUGCUGUUUGCUAAUAGCUUGGUUUGCAGUAAAUUAACUUCUCAUUUAACUGGCACAUAAGUGACUGACUUCUGUGGCUCUGUCCGAAACUAGCAUGAAUUUAUCCUUCUUACCUGGAAUAUACUGUUUAGAACAAUGAGAAUACCUGCUGCUUAAUAACUCAAUCUUACCCUGAAUGGACCGACAGAAUGCUGAACAAAUGCAUCGGUGUUUGUCCACUGAAAAACAAACUCGAUCACUAGGGGAUGUUACCAAGAAAUCACAGAUCCCCUUUUUGCUAAUCUAAAAAAAGAACUUCUAAAGGUAGAUGCCUCCUUUUUAAAGACCAAUCUCUAAUAAAUCAAUGAAAACUUAUAUAAUGCCAUUUUUUCUUUUGUUCAGCUUUCUGAAAUUUU